AUGACAAGCUAUGUUGUGGUCUGCCUUUACACUGGCGUUCCUUCGGCUUUCUUGAGAGUCAGCGAAUUUGUCGCACCCACGUCAAUGACUUUCGAUCCACAACGCACUUUACUGACGGCAGACAUCACGUGCAACACAGACCUCGUCAUUGCGCUCAAGGCGUCUAAGACAGACCCAUUCCGCCGGGGAUGUAACAUCAUCAUCGCACCCUCACAGUCAUCGGUCUGCGCUGUGCAGGCAUACCAGGCGUACAAAGCACUACAUAGUUCCGUCGCUCACCUACCCGCAUUCCAGUUCGCCAACAGUAAUUUCCUCACGCGGCAAGCUGUUAGCAACCACAUUCGAGACCUUCUCACUCGCGCAUCUGUACCAGAUGUUAACUGUUACACUACUCAUAGUUUCCGCAGUGGUGCAGCCACGACAGCUGCCGACGCAAAUCUUCCGGACUGGUUGAUCAAGGCACUGGGCAGGUGGCGCAGUGACGCCUACCAGACGUACAUUCGCACACCCCCAGCAUCAUCCGCUCAGUUCCGGGUCACUUGUCACUUGCUCUUCCUUAACUGUAAUUUCGACAUUUGUCUUGAGAUUUCAUUUCGUUUUCGUUACAUGUAUUUGCAGUGUAUUUAG